AUGUUUUUAGACAUUGCAUGCAUCGAUGAUUGUACUCCUACCUCUUGCGCUAACAAUGGAUUUUGUGUUGAUGGCGAUAAUAGUUUUACUUGUGUAUGCUCCCAUGGAUUCACUGGAGAUACGUGUACAGCAUCUAUAUGUGGCUCGAUAGCAUGCGAGAAUGGUGGAGUUUGUUCAAGCUCUGAUCAAUGCACUUGUGCUGCAGGUUUCAUUGGAAGCACGUGCGAGACUAAUAUCAACGAAUGCUCGCCCGAACCCUGCAGAAAUGGAGGAACUUGUAUCGAUGGUAUCAACUCUUACACGUGUUCAUGUCGUACAGGAUAUACUGGAAAUAUUUGUGAUCAAGAUGUUGAUGAAUGUGCCCUCGAUUCCAGUCUCUGUGCCAACGGAAGAUGUGUAAACACCCUAGUUGGGUUACACACUUGUGUCUGCAAUAGUGGUUAUACAUUGACCAAUUCAGAUUCGUGCGCUGCUCUCUCCGGAACUCUCUUUACGAGUUCACUCCGGGUUGAGCUUACUGGGCAAACUCUGGAUGGCGUUUUACUUACUUACACUAACUCUUUGGCAAAUAGAUUAUCAGACGAGUUCAUGGAAUAUGAUACCACUUUCUGUUUCUUGUUUAGUGAGUACGUAAGGGCUUCAUUGCAAAACAGAAGGUAUCAGCUACUUGGUGACAGUUGUGAAGUGAUAGGGUUUCGUCAGGGCAGUAUAAUUGCUGACAUCAGCUUUCAAGUGACUGCAGCAACUCAAAGUCUAGCUGAUGAUCUUGCGCUGGCUGUAGCUGAUCUGUCUACUGACAUCCCUCGAAGUCUAUCAACGAAUGGACAAUCUCUAUUGGCAGUUUUUACAGCAAACGUUCAGUGUGAUCAGUCAAAUUGUCGGAAUGGUGGGACCUGUACGAAUGCUGCUCAGCAUUGCAAUUGCCCAUCUGGCUUUAGUGGAGCUUUCUGUCAAAAUGUUUCAAGCUCUCAAGGACUCUCUCUUGCAGCCACUAUUGGCAUUGCGGUUGGGGUACCCUUUUUUGUUUUCGUCAUCAUAAGCUGUGCCUGCUGCAUGUUAACUCUACAUUACAGACAACAGAGUCAAGCAAGAAAAAUGAUGAUGACUGAUGAGUAUAAUAACCAACCAGGUUUCUACGGAAAGAGAGCGUUUGAUAGUUAUUCAGAUAACGGUUCCUACGAUGGGAGACGUCAAGCCAUCGAUCGCAUGCGAGUGAAUGGAGCAUCCGUUCAAUGGAACCCAAGAUUGGCAGAAGAUAGGCGUCAUUUCAGUACUCCCUAUGUCGUGGAUGGAAGAAUCCCGGAAAGACGUGUGGAUAGAAAUGCAAUCGUUUAUUGAUUGAUAUGAUGACUUAUGAUGACAUAUACCUUCGAAAAAGGCACGGAUAAGACAACGGAACAUGGAUUAGUGAUUAAUGCUGCAUACUUAUUUUGGGGAACAAUUGGUUUUAAUUAUUAUAACAUGCAUAAGGAGGAAUAAUAUAUAUCGUCGAGGGCAAAAGUGGGUAUUAGACGCAUAGAAACAGUUCUGAAAAGCCUUAGGAAUAUCGAUAGUAUAUGGAUCCUUGUAGAUAAUCAUAUCAAAACAAACUCUUUAGAAUAUUAAAACAAUGACCUGUCAAUAUAACUGACCAUUAACACCAGUCAUUAGAAAAUCUUCGUAUUACUUCACUUGGUCUUUGAAAUACUCCAGUCAAUUAUUUGCAGAAGGAUUCAUUUUACAUCUUUAUUAUGAAUGCUAUAAGAAAUUACUCAUAUUUUUUUAUGGCGCCUUGGGUAUAUUUACUGAUUAAGUGGUACCACAUGUGCUAGCAGAAUCCUUGAAUGUGACUAUUUUUUUUCAUGAAAAAACGUACCCCCUCUAUGGCCUGUUGGAGAAAUUUUACCAAUCAAUAGCAUCUCCAAAACCAAACUCAACUUAAUAUCAUCCAAUAUGUUUAUGACACAUUAUAGUAGAGUGUUUAAUUCCUUCCUUUAGUCGAUUUUAAACGCAAAUCUUUUGGGAUAAACGGGUCCCAGAACUGGUCUACUUGGAUCCUGUAGUUGUGGAACCAAGAGCUGAUUCUUCCUGGUGAAGUGAACCCAGAUUGAAAAAUAUGAACAGCGUAUCAAGUUCUUUUUUGGAAGGGAAAGGCUGCUUGAAGGAAGAGCACGAGUUCUUCCGUAUGUUCACAGAGAAGGAAUAUUUUGGGAAGAUAUGAUUUACAAUGUUAAAGCUCAAAUUGAACAGCUGAAGAUGAAGUCACAUUGUGUUCCUCUCUGUGAACAGUCAUAAGUUAAAGGGGAGGUUCAUCCCAACAAAACGUUUAUUUUAAAUAUAGCAGAUACAUGAAUAACAAACAUUGAAAAAUCCAUCAAAGAAUGAAAAAAAUAUUUGAAUGCGAGCAGCUUUCCUACAUGUUGGAUGGUAAAAUCAUUUUCCCUAAGUAUAUGAAUAGACAAAUUAUUUUACACCCUUUCUUAAAAAGAAACAAUGAUAAGUCAUCACGAACCAUUUUGAAACUAAAAUUUAUGCAUUUUAUAUUACAUACCAUAUGGGGAAGCAUCUCUUUAAUGACGUCACAAACCAAAACUUAAAACUCUAAUAACUUUUUCAAACUUCAUUAGAUUUUCAUCAAACCUUCAC